AUGCCCAUCACCUUCGGCUCAGUAGGAGAUAUCAUCUCCGUCAGCCUCCUCGUCAAAGACCUUCUACUCGCGCUCAAUGACAGCCGCGGAUCAGCUGCAGAAUAUCAGGCAGUCGUCCGCGAGCUCUAUAUUCUUGACACUGCACUACUCCAGGUUGUCCAGCUCUCCAGAAGCCAUCGUGCAACUCCGGAACUACAAGCGCUCUGCGAGACGGCGAGCCGCACUGUCGAGAAAUGCCGCGUUUCAGUCGAUGGGUUCACAAAGCGCAUCCGAAAAUUCAAUUCUAGUCUUUCGGCCACGGGCUCGGGAAGUGCCGUGAAGCAUGCGGCCAGGAAGAUUCAAUGGCAUAUAUCGCGGAAGGACGAGGUAGUUAGGUUUCGUACUGAGCUGUCGGCUUAUACGAAUUCGAUGAACAUGCUACUCGCAACGGCGAACGUGACUCUCCUUAAAGUCACCAACGAUCAUUUAGAUUCGCAGAUAACUGCUUCAGGACACCGGAUACAAUCCUCUCUCGAAAACCAAGAUGAAGUGUUGGAGGAAGUCCGCGCCCGGCUCGAGGAUAAUGACCAGCUGAUUACAGCGGGGAACACGCUCGCUGGCACGAUGUCAGAACGUUUAGAAUGGAUCAAGAAUCUCGGAUCGGACCUCAAGAUCUUCAUGACGCGCCUUAUAGCUGGAAACUUGGCAAUCUUUCGCGAAGUUGUAGCCAUCAGGAAAUCACUGACAGCUCUCCAUCGCCCGUUGUCGGAGGACCCAUUCAUUCUAGAGGACGCACUUGGACGCGUAGCGCCAGUACAUCUCCGUUUCAUUACCUCGUGGGAGGCGUUUGAUGCCGUCCUUGAAAUUCGGUUCAAAGGUCUAAAGGGAUAUUCGCAAGUUCGAAGGAAACAAUUCGUAAUCCAAGAACAGAGCACGCGCCGUGAAAUUGACAGGACAUCUUUGUGGGAGGGAGCAUUCUUUAGCGGCCAGCGUGUCGACAUGAGCUUGAUAUUUCAAAGUGACACUAAAGAAGCUGACAACAAAAAGCUGGUGAGCUGUCCUAAUUGUCAUUCUAUAUCCAGCCAACCAACGGGUGAAGAAGUGCAAUGUUCCACUUGCAGUGUAUGGUAUAGGCGAGUGACCGAGAUCAACGAUGUUGAACCACCCUCCCACUCCCUACCGCGGCCAUGGAAGUUGCCAGCGCAAUUCGGCGCGCCUGCAUUUGGGCCCACAGCGCCUCCAUCCAAGAAGAAACGUGCUAGAGAUGGAGUCAUCAUCGAGGAAGAUCGCGAAACUGCCGGUAUCAAACGUAUCAGGAUGAUCGAUCGACAUCUCAGAAUCAAAUUUGCCGGGGGUUUCUCGGCGCAUGCUCAUUCAGGCGCGCCAUUCGAACCAAAGAAAUCAACCCCGGUCAAGCCAGAAUCUCGGCCGCCUCAACCUGUUCCUCCAGAUUUGAUGGGCGGACGGAAAUGGCAUGAACUAGCUUCCGUUUCUGUGUUUUGCACAGGCCCGCUGGCACCCCCACAGAAGAAAAAUGAAGAAGCGAUGAAAAAUGACGAGUAUGAAGACGAAGAUGUGGAUGCGCACAAAGACGAAGACGUGGAUAUGCAAGAAGACGAAGACAUAAAUAAGAAAGAAAACAGCCUAUGGCCUGACGCUAUGUUGCGGCAAUUUUUCAAGUACGACGCAUUGAGUAAUGGCGACAGUCAAGAAGAGAAAAACACAAGUGGGCGUGCUGAUGAUAUCGAGAGUGUACCCUUGACAGUAUCAGAGGAUGAAGUGAGGCCCAUCCCUAGCAUCAGUGAGGAAUAUUGGGAUCAGGCCGAGCCAAUAGGCAGACAAAAUAUCGGCGGUAUAGUACGGUGUAUGUAUGUUCCACCCAAGCAAAUUGAUGAGUAUUUCGGCUCAUCUCCAUUUGCGCCCCCGAGCUUCGCGGUGGAAGUUUCUAGUGACAGCGGAUCGGAUGAUGGUUUCGUUCGCUCUCACUGGGCGCCGCCUGGGUCUGUGGAGAGUCAGAAUAAAGAUUUUCUGAUCGCUUGGGUCGUUACUGGUAACUCCUUGGGACCAAAGCCUAGGGCCAGCUGGCCAGAUUUCGAAUACCCGGAGCCGGGACUUGAAGAUCAAAGAGUGGUGUUGGUGGAAAACUUCUGGGUGGAGCACCAAAAGCUAGCGAGAACCCUUCAAUACGCUCACGUAGGAAUUGACAGCAUUCCGUCCGACGAACGACCUUUGUUUGAAGAACGCCUCCGUUCCGGAACACAGUUGAUGCUCGAUUUCAGAAUUAUGUUAGGGAACAGUGGGGAAUGGGUUUGGGGAGUUCGUACCCUCUGCGCCUCUGGAAGAAUGCAUCCUGUUCAAAUCGACGGAGACGAUAAUAUGAUACUGCUCUUCACCUGUUUUCACCCAGAUGUUGGGAUGGAAAGGAUGCACAGACUCUUAGAUGAUACCAAUAAAUGGGUCAAGAGCUUUGAGGAAAGUUUCAAUCAUACGCCGGGGAAACCCACCCAAAGUAUCCGCGAUCGAACAAGGCCAAGGGGUCAAUGUCGAGACGACGACUCUUGUCACAGCGGUUCCGAUUACCCCAGUCCAGAAAUCCAGAUUCUGGAUGACGAACCACACCACGAGGAGGAGACGGAUCCUGAACCCGACGAGCCAAUGCAUGACAGUGCUCGUCUAACUGGGCAUCUACUUGGAAAGUCACAGAAUGAUCAGUCCGAUCUCAAAAAGCGGAACUUGGACUACGGCGAGGAAAAUAAAACCACGCAUGAAGUUGGCGAGUCAUACCUUGACGCUCCCAUCCCAAAGAAGCCAAAAUUGGACUCCCAUCUAGGCAAGAGGAAACUAGAGCAGGACGAUGAGAAUGGGACCGAGGUUCAGCAUAUCGAGCCUCAGUAUGAUAGCUCUCAUUUAAAGAAGCGGAAGGUAGAACAAGAUGUCGAUGACGGAACGGACCAUAGCAAAUCGAAGAGUCGUAUCAGGAACAUUUCCGAGUGGGAUGAUGAGACCCGCGAAAGGAAACGGAUUGGGGAGCAUAUCGGGGAGCACGUCGAGGAGCACAUCCAAGACGAUGUCGAAAACCACGUCGAGGAAUCUUUACACGCCGAGUAG